UCCGAUGUCGCCGCGCGAACAGCAACAUGUUACAAGGGUGUUGCCCUAUUUGCUAUUUGAUCGACGAAUGGUUCUUUUGAUGCGCACAAAGAAGAACUUAGUUUUACGACUUGAAUUGCUGUUCCGUCUUUCCCGCUUUGACCAUGGACGCGUCGCCUCAGACUUAUGACCAUGUCUCAUUCCAACUUUUCGCGCUCGCGCCGUCGAUGGAUCCAAAAGCGAAUGGACGCAUGUUGCCUCAGAACCAAUCCUGUCCGUACUGUCCCGCCAAGUACAGCAGACCCACACAUCUUCAUAGGCAUAUUCGGUCUCAUACUCACAAACGCAUUCAUAAGUGCACGAUGUGCAAUUCCCAGUUUGUUAGGCGGGAUGUAUUGAACAGACAUAUGAAGUCAUGCGGGGGACCGCUCGCUGCCAAUCGCUCAAAAAGAAAGUCCUGUCAGUCUUGCGUUCAGUCUAGAGUCAAAUGCGACCGGCAUAUCCAAGAUCCCUGCUCGAAAUGCGCCGCUCGUGGCAAAAGGUGCAUAUUUAUCAGCGAUACAACCGGAGGACGAGAAAACGAUAUUACGGAUCCUUUUGAUGGAUCAGGCACACCCUCCUCAUCCUCAUCCACGUCCUCUCCGGCAUGCUCGCCCAUUUUUUCGGUCUCGCGAGAAGCGUCAAGUGCGGGAUCACCUUCUUCGCUUGAUACGCCUCCAGAUUGGGAACUGGACGACAUCCUAGGGCUAUCCAUAUCUCAUACUGAAGAACCCAACAAUGAAUUCGGAUGGGAGGCAUUUCUUGACAAGUUAUACUCGCCCUCUCAUGACCCUUCCGGCGCGAUUGCACUCGAAAACGAUUACUUCGAUUUGGACUUUUCGUCAGACCUAGGGCCAGCAAGUUUCGGAUGCGAUACCGCUGAUUCAGCUCCCUUUCUCGCUCCCCCGCUGAUUGCCGUUCCCACCGACCUUGAUGUUGACAAUCAAACAUACCUUCGCCUAUUUUUCACCGACUUUUGUAAACAGAUACCCCUGGUGCACCAAGCAACAUGGAGCAUAGAAAGAAAACCCUAUGUGCUAGUGCGAGCCAUGCAAGCAUGCGGGGCCCUUUUUGUCAAAACACGCCAAGCUGCCGAGUUUAUCGAAGAAACCCUUGAUUCGCGUAAUUUGCUUUUGCAAGAAUUUGCUUCAUGCAGCCCGAAAGAUCGGGUCUAUGUGAUACUGGCGGUUGUCCUAUUGCAAACGCUUGGAUUGUUUCACCAGCGCGCGGAGACGCGCGUCGCAACUAGUGUUUACCACGGAAUGUUGGUGAUGAUGAUCCACCAGUCGGGAUUGAUGAGCCAGGAACGCUCUUGGGUCGUACCUGAUAUCGAUGACGCCGUUUCCUUGGAACAGUCUUGGAAGGAUUGGAUAUCACACGAGACUGCCAAGAGGGCACUGCAUCUAUCAUACCUUCACGACUGUUGUUACUCGAUAUAUUUUUCAAAACAAUCUUCGUUCCGUGCAAUCGAAUUCGACAUCGAUCUUCCAUGCGAUGAAGAGUUGUGGAACGCGCAGACCCCCGCAGAAUGGCUCUCGGUUUUCCAGGCGGCCUCGCUAUAUGGGGUAGACUCAACCAUGCUGCGCGGGGCUGAUUUCCAGCUGACCCUGACGCAUCUUGCCCAGGCUCCAAAUAUCCCUCUCUCUGUCGACGGUACAUUCCCAUCGCCGCUGAACUCGUUUUCCCAAUCCAUCCUGAUCCAUGUCAUCUUACGGGACGUCCUUUCACGACGCACUCCGAGUGAUCGCUCUCAUUACCUUCUUCAGAACUGGUUCCAGCUGUGGAUCCAGACCCCCGUGCCAGCGACGGUGGAUCAGGACUCGCCGCUGAUUCAAAACCCGCUAUCUUUUUACUGGUUAACGCAGGUGGUACUGGUUGCUAUCGACGAGGGGGGUCCUGGAUGGGUGGCUGAUACAGCUCGGUCCGGAAAGAGAUACACACUUUUGAAGGAGUGGCUAGAACGCAUACGGUUUUUCUUACGGCAAAGCCAUGAUAUCCCCGUACGUCUGUGGGGGGAAUUGAUGGUUGUCCGUUCAGGUCAAGUCUUAGAGGUUGAGUUCGACGACUUGUCGAAUCCAGAAUCGAGCUUAGAUCAACCCAACGGUCUACUGUCCUUCUUCAAAAACCAGUAAAACACCUAUAUUAAACCCUCUAUUUAUAACAUAUCAACGUAGUUUAUUUAUUUCACGCAUUAUUUACUUGUAGCCCAUUUGUACACUAGCAUAUAAAGAUAGACCAGAGAGUAGACAUUAUCCGGUGUGUUUCAAUACUUUAUUUUGUUACGAGAUCUAGAUUUGCUUGCUGUGUAUUUUACGAGUUUGUCGUCCAAAGCCUCGAAUCAGGAAGGUGGCUCAAUCA